AUGGGAAUACGGUGGCGGUGGAAGUGUGACGGUGGGAGCCCGGUGGUGGCAAAUCAAUAUGGCUAUAACCUGGACUCCUCAUCAUGCAGAAAGAUAUUUCCUGAAGAGAAAGUACCACAUAAGGCAGUGCAGGGAACAUGCAGUAAGUCCCUGCCAACAUAUGCAAUUGAGCAUCUGUCCUUGCAGUCACCGACCAGUAUUUAUGCUGAUGCUUUUCUGAAAGAAAUACAUGAUGAACUGAUGAGCAAACUGGGCCCUUCAAAAAACCUACAUGCUCAGGACAGUGCAAUCCCUGGAAGUGAUCCUUCACGUAUCAGCGCAGAUAUAGUUGAUUCAGUGUUAAAUAAGCUUGUGGCAGCUACAGGUGAAGAACAACAUCUACAUCCAGAACACGAAGAAGCAGUUCAUCGAGUUCGUUCUAUUUCCAGGAAUAUUUUACAAAAAUCUGGAUCUGAGCAAGACCUUUAUGAUGAUGUAACAGGUUGCAAUGGAUUUUUUCCUCAAGAAGUGGCUGCUGUAAUAAUUGAGGAACUCUCCUAUUGCCCCCUUUUACAGGUUGUUAGUGAUAGACCACUGACACUGAGCCAAAGUGUGUUGAACUCAGACAGAAUUGCUGACAAGGUUCUUUCUCAAGUGUCUGUUAGUGCAAAGCCUAAGACAGAGAGUUUUGAAGAGGCAAUCCCAGGUUCAAGUGCAAACGAGACCCAGAGACAAAGGAGCUGCCUCAUUCUGAAAGCAGUCCAACCCAAGGUGGACCUCCCUGCACAACAGGCAGCCCACUACACUGAGAAUAAGGAGAGAGAGGAGAAGGUGGAGGAAAAGCUUGAAGCAGAGCAACACUGGCAGGAGGAAGAGGAGCUGCAGCAGAUAGAGGAGACCAUUCAAGUUGAAUCCUCUCUGGUAUUUGGGAAGCCUAUUGGCUUCAUCCAUGGACAGUGA